GAUGGCGAUGCUUGCGAGCCGCCAUGCUCUGCUAUUUACGCCACGCUUAUACAGACUCUUCAGUCACUGCCUUCGCGGAUUCACGAAUGUUUUCGCGUGGAGCACAAAUUGUGCUCGUGCAUAAAAUUUACCCCCCGUCGUCAUCGAUGCCGACGCGACGCGUUCACUGUGAAGCCCGAAAGUGAAGCUCCGCGAGCUUGCAAAAAGAGAGACAAAGGCGCCUCCUGUUUGUGUUACACGCCGCACUUGUUGGUCUCAACAUUCGACAUGCCAUAACCACCUGGAAUCUCUUCUUGCCUACCGGUUUGUGCAUACCGCUGACUGCCAGGCAAUAUGCCACGAACAAAAUCCUCGCGGAAGAGGCAAAGCCGCUUGGAAUUCACGCCUUUGCCGUCUUCAUCUCCCGCCUCUAAGCACUACAACGAGCAGAUACGGAGCCGAGCUGCUGCUGUGACGAUUGAAGACUCUCCAAAUCCAACGCGACAUGCUCGCUCGCUCCGCGACGAUGACGAAGACGACGAUGCCACGCUUCCGACACCAGGCGCGACUGCGCCAGAUGCCGCUGGAGACAGCGACAGCGAGCCUGUGCGAACAACUCAGAGACGACAAGAUCGCUCCUCGCCAGCACCAAAAAGCUCGAGCUCCAGUCGCAGAGCAAAAGCUAGGCAACAGCAACUGGACUUCACACGAGCCCGACACCCCGACACUUUCGACGCUCCUGUCAAAGUCGCCUCGUCCCACCCCGCCUCCUCAGGGAAAGGCGUGUUUUCCUCGGGUGGGCACUCGAGAAUGGUCGAACUCUCAAGCGACUCGGACUCUGACCUGCCAUCAGCCAAGAAGGUGAUGGCACGAGCGAAGGACAAACGCCGGGUUGAAGAUAAGAAGGGGCGCAUUACACGCAGCUCUCAGCGACCUGUGGUGCUGUCGGACAGCGACCAGGAAGGUAUUGUUGUUGCCUCGAAGAAGAGUCCUGUCGAAGAGGCGAGUGGUGCUGAGGACAGCGGCGAUGACAUGCCCACGACUCAAGGACGAAUGCCUCGGAAGCGGAAGAGGAGGACAUCUGAUGACGAUUUCAUCAGUGACUCCCUGCCUGCAGCAGCAGACAGCGAUGACGAUGUCGUGGAGGUGAGGAGACCGAAGCGGAAGCGUCUCCAGCAGGCCAGCGACGAAGAGGAAGAAGAGGACGAGGAGACACAUCAGAGUGUCAAGACACCUAGGCGGCGGUUAGCCAAGAGAUCGAGCCAGCUAUCACAACGUGAGAAAGAGGACCUCGCCGAGGAUCUCGCUGAUUUAGGAUCCAGCAGCGAAGCGCGAUCCUCCCCGGGACCGCCUCGCAGCACCCAAUCUGCCGAGAAGAAUGCUAGACUGAAGGCUCUAGAAAAGCUAAAGCGGAAGCGAGGUCGUGCAUUAGAGGUGGUCAGCGAAGCACCUGAAGGCCUCAGUGAGGGAGAAACAGGCUCACAGAACGAUGCAGAUGCAGCUGACGACAGCGAGGUCGAGGAAGUACGACCGCCUCUCAGCAGUCAUCAAAUGUUCAGAGCCGAUGAAGGGGACGAAGACUUCCUGGUUGACGAGGAGGAGGGCGACGAAGACCUUUUGGGCAUCCCAGAUGGCAUACCACUGCAAUACACGAGAUACGCCUCGAUGAAAGGAAAAGAGCUCUUCCACUUCGCGAUCUCCUGGAUGGUGCAGAAGAAAAUCAAUCCUGGACCCGACAUGAACGCGGAAAUCUACGACCUCACUUUCCGGAAACUUGACGAUGAGGUCCGAGGGCUGGCGUCGUCGAAAUUCACGUCAUCAGCUUGGACUGCCGAUUUCACCAUUGCGCUGCAAGCUCGGCCUGAGAUCGCCUAUCACAGAUCGGAAAUACCUCUGAAAGACAAAUGUGAUGCGUGCAACCGAUCACAGCACCCGGCUACGUACGAAGUGCAAUUCCAGAAGAAGCCUUACAGCCGAGACACACUCGAUCCACUAGACGAUCAAGAUGAGUCCGAAUCGUCGUCAUCGUCCUCUUCUAACGACGGGGUCAAUGACUCCGGUGCCUUGCCCGACUACGAUACCCUAGGCCGUGAAGUCCUUCCUGAGAACACCAUCUUUUACCUCGGGAAGUUCUGUAUGGCCAAUGCCGUCACAGCUCACGCAUUGUCGCAUUGGAAAUACCAACUUUACGACGUUGUGGUAACGUGCUUGGAGCAGGCUGGGUACCUGAAGCCGGACAAAGUUCUACAGCGCGACAAAUUAUCAACGAAGAAGAGAAAGAAGCAGGCUAGAAAGAUCAUGAAGCGCAUGGAGGACGAAGGCGAGCUUAGGUCGCUGUGGAAGACUUUCCGCGACGCUAUCGAUGAUGCGCGCAAUUCCAAGACACGGAGUCGAUUUGGAGGGGACUCUCCUUGA